AUGGGGGCCACAAAAACGGAGACCCCGCUGAAAAAGGCGAAUGAGGGUGAGGGAAUCAAGGAGAACUUGGCCAAUAAACGGCCACCAAGGCCUAUUCUGUUCGAGUACCCGGCGCUGCCCGAGAUCAAAUUGUGUUUCCUGGUCAUGCUGUCAGUGAUGAUCUAUGCUUGGUACGGUGUCUACAAAGCUAGCGAAAAUUUCACGUUCAAAUGGGCUCAUUGGGCACAGCCAAGCCAGUUGCCGCUUUUUGGGGAGCGUUUCAAAGAUCAAUCGAAUUGGGAAUGGUGGAAAUGGUCACCGAUAGCUUUCUCCUAUUUGCCGAUUUACUUCGGGCACUUUUUGGUGUUCAAUUUGGGCACCAAAUAUUUGGAGGAUCGACUUUUUGCACCAUUAUAUACAGCCCUCUCAAUCCUCGCUUGUGCCUAUCACUACUCACCGUGGCUCACAUUUUGCUCGAUUGCCCAGGGAACUUUCGUUUUCAUUGCGACCAAGGUUUUCAAACAUCAAAUUGCCGUUUGGACGUCGUCACUUCCGAUCAUGUACUUCUUGAUGCAUCACACGUUUGCAUUGGGCGCCGAUAUCUUUCUCGUUCUACUCUUUGUCUCCUACACUCUGCUCUCAUUUAUUUCGUACAAUUUGGAAACGAUCAAAGGGCCAGUCAGAAAAGAGGAUGACACUUAUUUCAAGGAGUAUAUACGGAUGAUGUUUUACGCGUUUUAUCAACCCUAUCUUGUAUCGCUGAUUGUUUUGUAUCCGGAUUUCGAGCGUCAGUAUGCUGAGAGAAAAGAGCGGGCCCGUGACUGGAAAGCGACUGGGUUCUUCGCGCUGCGGAUCGCAUUUUGGUGGGCGCUCAUGGAGUUCUCGCUGCAUUUCCUGUAUCAUGAGGCGAUUUUGAAGGAUCUCGAGUACGCGGGCUCGUUGAGCAAGGACAAAUUCGUGUCACUCGGGAUGGCGAUGGGUAUGUUCUUCCACUUGAAAUACGUGGUGAUUUUCGGGUUGCCGACGCUGAUCGCCAAAAUGGAUAAUAUGCAACCGAUGGACGGCCCGAUUUGCAUCGUUGGCGUCGUUUUGUACUCGAAAGUGUGGCGUGCCUUCGAUCGUGGUCUCUAUCAAUUCUUCAAAAUGUACAUUUUCAUCCCGAUCUGCUAUCCGACUUUCUCGUUACCGAGGAAAAUUUUCGGGGUUUUCGUCUCGUUCGGCUUUGUGCUGUUGUGGCACGGAUUCUAUCAUCACAAUUAUGUAUGGAUCGGCUUGAACAUCGUCGCUUUAUUUGUCGAGAUGAGCAGCAAGGCUUUCUACUCGAUCGAGGCGGUAAAAAUGUGGCGCGAGAAGAACAUUUCUGACGUCAAUUUCAGGCGAACACUCGGCAUCUUGCAAAUUGUUCCCUAUGCUUUCGGGCUCUACUCGAAUUUCUAUUUCCUUGGUGGAUCGGAGGUUGGUGCCUUGUUCGUGAAGCGCAUUUGGGACGAGGAGACGCUAACGCUUCAAUAUCCUUUCUUUUUGCUUAUCUCUCUCGGAUAUUUCUAUGUGCAAACGACAAUCGAGGUCGAUCGGUGGAAAGCGGUGAAAGCGAAAAAGGAG